AUGUCGUUUUUUAAGUACUAUUUAUUUCGCCAAGACUGGGUCAUCGAAGCGCUUGGUAAGAGAAUAGGCGUUGUGAUUCAGGUUUCACCGUUUCGGUGGUUGUGGUUUAUUGAGAUGAUGCGCCAUGUUACCUUUAUAAAAUAUCUACCAAUACAUCACUGGAAUUUGAGGGGGCUGGAACAUUCUUCUGCAAUUCGACUGUAUCGAAACUCAUGCAAUCACCAUGGUGACACUGAGUUUGCUCUUUUGUGUUAUCAGUUCGUGGCCGUGUCGUAUUUCAUCGCGCUAGCUUUAGUAGGAAGAAACGCUUUCCUCAUAGUUGGAUGGCUUACCGCAACACUCUGCCUCACUGAUCCCAUCAUUAUACUGCUGAAGCUGUUUGGUUGUCUCAAAACCGAUGAUGUCUUCGUUAUUUCAGUUUGGGCAAGGAGUACUACGGCUUUGCGAGACUAUUGCUCAAUAUACCAAGACUACAUCAACAGCCAAAUUGCAGCAAUAACUUUUAUAGAUAUUGGCUUCUGUGGUGUUGUAGGCCCCAUAGCAAUCCUUCAUGGUCUCGACGAUGUACCCAGCCUCAUUGGUAUAGGUUCGUCUACUCGUACCCGGUGCACUACCGAUAAGGUUGUCAAAUUCACUAUGACCGGCCUGAAGGUCAUCACUGCUAUAGAUGUCGCUCCUGGUCUGACUAAUAAGUAUGCCGCGUGGUCUGAACAUAUAAUUAGUCGUGAUAAAUCGUAUCGCGAUUCUGGGGCGACCAUCUCUCGUAUUGGCGUUAUUGAGUGCAUAGCUGUAAAUGGCCAAAUAGAGGCUACCGGGUUAUAUAUAUGGCUCAAAGUAGAGCCUGGUACUACUAUUGUGGAGGCAUGUCUCGCGUCAUUUCGAGCUCUUUUAGCCUCCCAAACUGAGCAGAGAGGUUAUUGUUACUCGUCCACUGUGAGUCACUUAAACCCUCGGCGUUCUCAGUGGUCUUCCUCCUGUAAUUCACUGCUAGAUUCGAAGUGCUCCCCGGAAGAUGCGUGUCCACUUAGCCCAGGUAGGUGGAAAUGGAAAUUGGGGACUUAUAUUGCGACAUUGGUAUCCGCUGGCCAUUUAUUGACAAAUAAUAUGCUUGUAUGUGAAGAGCACCAUGUGGAAGGAUGGCUGUUGCCCAAAAACCAAGAUGCCAUACAGAUAUGGAAAGCACCCACACUUGGACGUCUGGACCCAUCCAUUCCUGGUCAACGAGAGCGACAAGUCUGGGAAGAAGCGUCUGAAAUUUUCGUUGGAUGGAAGAGCGGGGCAGUGGAUUUGGCAGUCAGCAGCCGGACCAGGAGACGCCUUUUAGAAUUCGCAGGAGGGCGACUAAGUAGGCAUUUCCGAAUCGUAGAUGUCUUCGGACCAAACCGCUUUGAGACUAGCGUAUACCUUUUGCGUCACCUCUUCCUCUCCGACCUGUCUCCUUCUGCUAUUUGUACUGUCAAACAUUCUAUGAUGGAAACUUCCGCCAUGUCUCCCUAUCGUCGUGCCUACAACCUACUGAAUAAACAACGCUCCGUCCAAUUACAAAUUAAAGAGAAUAGCCAGCAAAUCCUAAAGUUACGUAAAGAGAGGGAAAAACUCAGAGGACUGGAAGUGGCCCUCGAAAAGGAGGUUCAUGAUGAGCUUUUACACUACGAAAGCGUCGCCCGCCUUGACUUUGCUCAAUAUUUCCUUAACACUCUACCGCAAGAACUCCGAGAUAUGGUGUACGAAUACCUGAGUUAUCCAUUGGAAGAUAUUACGAUUAGGCGCCGGGAGGUCAACCCGUUUCCAAUCCAGAACCGUAAAGAUUUCAGUAUCCGCUCAUCUGGCGUCCAUUUGGACCCUCAAUUGAUUGGAUCCGAGGUCGCUGCCGAGAUUGCCGCGCACUAUCACCGAAGAACAUUAUUCAUUGUCCAAGAUGCGGAAGACUUGGAAAAGGCGUUGAAUUUUGAUGUUUUCGGGACUGGAAUACUUCCCCGGGAUCACGUUCAUCGCAUCCAAGUGGACGUGCGGACACAUUGCCAUGAGCAAAAGUCAUACUUGCUCACCAGCCGAACCGACUCGACAGCAGUCUACGACAAUCUUAAGAGAAACAUGCGAGCUUUGCUAAGUGUCAAGAAAAGAAACUCUUGCAAACUUUAUAUUCGACUCAGAACAUGGGGUGGUGGGCGUCGCUUAUGGAGCGAAGCUGUCAGGACCCUGAGAUAUCUUCGACCCGUGGUGCUGGAGCUGAAGGAGGCAGGGCUGACUGUCUUUGUGGAGCAUUUACCAGUGGGCAAAGCUGAUGCAUGGGCGACGGAAGAUUUGACCGAACAGUUCGAUUACCCGCUGCAGGAGUGGCAGGAGGUGCAGAAGGCUCGUCUUGAGCGUGCUAAGGGUGAGUCUAAGCACAUGCCCAUCUACUCUCGGAAUGAAAAGCUUACGAUAAUGUGGCGGAGACUUCUGCGUCUUGUCCGAAAAUGGUUAGCCUCAGACGGGAUGGGGAGAGAGCCUCGACAGGGGCAAGCCCCUGCUAGUCAAUUGGAACCCUGGCUAGUAGCCUCACCGUCUAAGGGACUUUUCUCAACUAAGAAUUAUUGUAACUCUACCACUAUACGUCCAAACCAGCUCAGAUUUUGA